CGUGGCACGGGCGGUGUAUAUAUAGGCGGGGUGGCGCGCGCAGACGGACGUUAUUUUGCCGCCGCUCUCGGAGUGAGUCGUUUCGUUGUACGUGACCUGCUGUCGGAUAUAUUGCUGAGCAAUGGCCCGUACAAAGCAGACUGCCCGUAAAUCCACUGGAGGAAAGGCUCCUAGGAAGCAGCUGGCCACUAAGGCAGCCAGGAAGAGUGCCCCCUCCACCGGGGGUGUGAAAAAGCCUCACAGAUACAGGCCUGGUACUGUGGCGCUGAGAGAAAUCAGGAGAUACCAGAAGUCCACUGAGCUCCUGAUCCGCAAGCUUCCCUUCCAGCGUCUAGUGAGGGAAAUCGCUCAGGACUUUAAAACUGACUUGCGGUUCCAGAGUGCUGCUAUUGGUGCUCUGCAGGAAGCAAGUGAGGCAUACCUGGUGGGUCUCUUUGAAGACACCAAUCUGUGUGCUAUUCAUGCCAAGAGAGUAACAAUUAUGCCCAAGGACAUCCAGCUAGCAAGAAGAAUCCGUGGGGAACGUGCUUAAUUUUUAUUUUUCCUGGAAAUUGUUUUGAAUCUUAGAAGUUUUUUUUACUUUGAAAAUGUACAUAAAGUGUGAUGUCCUUUUAUUUUAUAAAGGGUUUGUUAACUGUAGAGUAGUUGACAGUAAAUCGGUAGUACACAUUUUUAUAUGACAUUCCCUUAAUCCUCAGGUUUUUCAGAAAAAUUUGUAUCUGCAGUUAGUCUACUCUGUGCCCCUUCCCACCUCCUGCGAGUCUGCAUGUUUUGGCUCCAUUCUCUCCAUACUUUCAGUGUAACUCCAUUGUAAAUAAACUUUCCACUACCUCAA